CGCGCUGCACUCUCGGAGAACCAGGCACGAGUGAGCGAACCACACAAAGAAUAUAUUUCGCGACGAAACAGCGCCCUACAGGAAGAAAGUGCCCGCACUCCGAGCGUGAGCCGCAGCGCGACUUUUUGGCGCUCUUCGGGAGCAGUGAGAGAGAGGCGGAGGCCAGAAAGUCCGGGGUGGGCGCGUGAGCCGGGGUGGCCCUUGGCCGCAUUCCCGCCCGUCCCGCAGCGGCGCGCGGAGCCAGGUUCUGAAAAGUGCCUUUUCUGAAAACUCUGCUGCUUGGAUUCUACUCUAGAGCUGUCUCUUUAUAAACCCGUCUCCCUACCAUACCAUUCCCUGCCCUCUCCACCUCCCUGCCGAACCUGGUGUGCUUGUAGUUUACUGUCAGCAGCUGGUCCAUUUCUUUUUUCUGUGAUUCUCAAUUUUCUUAGUCAUUUUCCCUCCACUUGAUUUUGCAACAAAACUUUUUUUGGGUUCUAACAUCCUUCCCAAUCUUAUUAUUUAAAGCUAAUAAAUAGGGAGAAAAACUUUUCUCCCCCUGAUCUGAGACCAUUCCACAAAUCGAAGGGCAGCCAGCAGCAUAUGUUUUUUGCAAGAAUAAUUGAAAACAUCAACUGCAGAGCACAGAAUUCUUUUGAAAGUCUGCCGGUUAUUUAACAUAAAUUCGGCAAAGGAACAAAAUAAAGCAUUCAUUAUCUUAACAGUUGGCUUCUUAGGAGUUGGUCUCUAAUUUGAUUUUUAGUUAUUCUGAUAGUUUUUAUGAUUGGCUUUUUGUUUGACUAGACCAGAUUUGACUUUAAUGAAAACCUAAGUGUUAACAAAUAGACAUUUCACCAAAGCAACCUGUUAUCUCUUCACACUUAGUUUGAAUUCAUUUUUAAUCCUUUAAUAGUCCACAGUAAUAUUGUCCUAAAGAGGGUACAUUGGAUUUUAAUUUUGCUUUCAAUAUGACGGCUGUCAAUGUUGCCCUGAUUCGUGAUACCAAGUGGCUGACUUUAGAAGUCUGUAGAGAAUUUCAGAGAGGAACUUGCUCUCGAGCUGAUGCAGAUUGCAAGUUUGCCCAUCCACCAAGAGUUUGCCAUGUGGAAAAUGGUCGUGUGGUGGCCUGUUUUGAUUCUCUAAAGGGUCGGUGUACUCGAGAGAACUGCAAGUACCUUCACCCCCCUCCACACUUAAAAACGCAGCUGGAGAUUAAUGGGCGGAACAAUCUGAUUCAACAGAAGACUGCCGCAGCCAUGUUCGCCCAGCAGAUGCAGCUUAUGCUCCAAAACGCUCAAAUGUCAUCACUUGGUUCUUUUCCUAUGACUCCAUCACUUCCAGCUAAUCCUCCCAUGGCUUUCAGUCCUUACAUACCACAUCCUGGGAUGGGCCUCGUUCCUGCAGAACUUGUACCAAAUACACCUGUUCUGAUUCCUGGAAACCCACCUCUUGCAAUGCCAGGAGCUGUUGGCCCAAAACUGAUGCGUUCAGAUAAACUGGAGGUUUGCCGAGAAUUUCAGCGUGGAAAUUGUACCCGUGGGGAGAAUGAUUGCCGCUAUGCUCACCCUACUGAUGCUUCCAUGAUUGAAGCGAGUGAUAAUACUGUGACAAUCUGCAUGGAUUACAUCAAAGGUCGAUGCUCGCGGGAGAAAUGCAAGUACUUUCAUCCUCCUGCACACUUGCAAGCCAAACUCAAGGCAGCUCAUCACCAGAUGAACCAUUCAGCUGCCUCUGCCAUGGCCCUGCAGCCUGGUACACUGCAACUGAUACCAAAGAGAUCAGCACUGGAAAAGCCCAAUGGUGCCACCCCGGUCUUUAAUCCCACUGUUUUCCACUGCCAACAGGCUCUGACUAACCUGCAGCUCCCACAGCCGGCAUUUAUCCCUGCAGGGCCAAUACUGUGCAUGGCACCCGCUUCAAAUAUUGUGCCCAUGAUGCACGGUGCUACACCUACCACUGUGUCUGCAGCAACAACACCUGCCACCAGCGUUCCCUUCGCUGCACCAACUACAGGCAAUCAGAUACCCCAGUUAUCAAUAGAUGAACUGAAUAGCAGCAUGUUUGUUUCACAGAUGUAGACGUUCCCAGUAGAACACUGAAAUUCUGAACAGCAGAGUUAUGGAGUAUCAGAAUCUUUCCAUGGAAACCUCCAUAUGGCCUAUCUAUAUAUAUUCUCGUAUGUCUUAUUCUACCAACACAACAAUAAGCGUGUUGCAGUCAAUGUAUUAAGCAAAGCAAACCUGCCAGCUAGCAAAUUCAAAUAAAAAAUAAAGCAUUAAAAAUCAAUGGAGAUGUUAAAACAACAUGAAUAGAAAACUAAUAACUACCAUCCAUCCUAUUUGAAUUAUCAAGCAGAACAUGACCAUAAAAUUUGGUAACUUGUUACAUUACUCUUUGUGAUUUUCUAAUAACCAUGCUAAGUGUACUUCCACAGUGAGCUUUUGGCUUACUAUAUACAUUCUUGGUGGAUAAAUUGUUCAUCUGUUUUUGAAGUGUUACCUUACUAUUUUGUUUACAAGAUAGUCUAUUGGGUUGAUUCAGGAUGUAACAAAUAUAUUCAGUACCAUUUCUUGUGUUGUAUUGUGUUGUGCUGUGUUAGGUUUUUACAUACUGUAGUGUUUUGCUGUAUAUGUGUGUUUGAUUUCAACUAAAGUGUUAUUAGUGGGGAACAGAAGUAUAUGUGCUUAAAAACAUGACAGGUUCAUGCAAAUAUGCUCUCUUUCUUUAGAAUAUUUCUGUAGGUUUCUUGGGACUGACAUUUAAAACGCCUUACUUUUGAAUGUGCACAAAACCUGCUCAUUAACAUGCAUGUGUAUAAUUUGUACCUGCAGAUCUGAUGUUGCAUAAUACAAUCAAAUUGCUAGAUUUUUUAAAGAGAGAAAUCAUUACCUGCACAAAGCAGAGAACUUCAUAAAACAUUAACCCCUAAUUCAUUCUUCUUAAAUAGCUUGGCAAAUAAGACUUUACCUUUAAAUGAAUUUCUCAGCAUUUAUACUAAAAAUUAUGUAAAGUGCCCAUUAGAUUUUUUGUGUGUGUGGCUUGAGAAUCCUGUCUCCUAAGUUGAGUGUCUAAAACUGAGCCAUUUGUCAUCUUCAGCUGAGAAACUGGUACUUGGGAGCUUAAAAAUAUGCUAAUUACAAGUUAUAAAUCAAACAGAGAUGGGGGCAUGGAGAUAGUUUUUACGUACUGGAGGAAAGUGUGUAAAACCAUGGCAAUGUCACCUUUUACACAAAUGCCAUUUUCCAAAUGCAAAUGGCUCAUGCUCUUUAGACUACUCUUUGAAUAACAAGUAAGAUGCAAUCUAGCAAAAGUCAGUCAGGGUGAAAGAGAAUUGGUUACAAAUGAGGACUUUCCUCCCCAAAUGGACAGUCUUCUCUGUUGAUCACAGAGGGAGCCUGAGUGCAGGCUUGGAGAAAUGGCUAGGACAGGGAACAGGGAAGCACUUGCAGUUAUUCCUUGAUUUAUUCAAAAGAACUGGGAAAGACGGUUGUAGUUGUCUUUAGCUUCGGUUCAACUGAGUUUCGUUUUGUUAAACAGUUCAGUGAAGGAGAAAGCACCUGUGAUAUAUGGCAAGUGUCCCCCUGCCCAAACUUUAACAUCAGACCCUCUCACAUCAUAACCAAGCCUCUUUUAUGCUUAUUUGGAUUCGUUUGCCUUUGUAUAUGUUUGAAAAUGACAAUAGAGCGGGUUUUAUCACCCUUUGAAUGAGACAGAGUGGCUGUACUCCACAGAGCUCAGCUGAAUUCACAUUACUAAUAUUUAUGAAAGAAUUUUACAACCAAAUAAUUCCUGUGGUGUGUGACAUAUCUCAUCCACUCUACUCAUUUAUUAAUGUUAUCAUACAGUGGUGGAAACAUGUGACAUUUUACAUCAAGUAAUAGAUUUAAUAUUUUCUAGUAAAUAGGUGUUCUUCCACCAGAAAGUAUAAAACCAUCAUAUAUAUAUAUAUAUAAUUGUUUUUCUCCUUCAUGAAAAUGACAAGUAAAAAGCAAAUCUGAUUGAGGAUACCUUAAGCUGGCUAGAAGUGUUUGAAUCACAGAACAAUGGAAUUAGCAAAAUCCUUUUCAUAGUUGACAGAACUGAAUCCAGGGGCAUAUGACUUGCCCAAGGCUACCUUAGCCAUUGUGGGACCCAGAAAUAUCUCCUGCUUCCCAUUGUUCCUCCUUUUCACAUUGUUUUUGCUUCAGAACAUUUGAUGCUCUCUUCCAAAGCAGACCCAUUUGGCUCAGAAUACAAGAGAGCAAAAUUAGCUUUCUGGGAAUUGAUACUCUGUUGAUCUUAAUUAUCCAACCAAAUCCUGAUCAACAGUGCUUUCUAAACAGCCUUGCUUGUAUUGAGCCAUUGUCAGCUGUUAACAAUGUUGCGUGGAAUUAGAGAUCAAGAGUUGUCCUGACCUUUACCUAUGGACUGUUUGAACCAGUUAAUUUCUGUUUCUGAAAUCUUAACAUUGCUAUAGAAGAAAGUAGUGUAUGCCUUUUUGAAAUUCAUCAUGUAUGGAACUGAGUUCUGUAUGAUCUGUCCCAGUGCCUCUCCAGAAGGGCAGAUCUGAUUACAUGAAUCCAGGAGGGAUGCACCUGAGCUAGUCUGGGUAUAUUCCUUAAAGGAGACAAGAACUUUUUUGUGCAAAAUGAACUUUUGUGUAGUUUUGACAUCUGCAUGCAGUGAACUAUCUCACUUAACUUUUUCAACUUGGGGCAAAGAUAUACAUAAACCAUAGAUAAUAGACGUAGAGUACAGCUGUUUUCAUGUUGCGUUAAGCACUGGAAGACAUUAACAAUGACUUAAAGUAAAAGGUUCAGUGAGGGGUAUUUAGGGCCAUUGUAUUUUUGGUGCCACAAUUUUCUACAUUGUUGGCAUUUUAAAAGUUGUUUUCUAAAUGAACUUAAAGAAAGAAAGCUCAAAGCCCUACAGUUUUGAUCAAAUUCAAUAGAUUUUUGAGAAAAAAAUACAAUUUUAAGAUAGCACUCUUUAAACUAGAUGUGCAAUGACUUAUUCAAAUUAUCUUUAUUCAAGGAAAGAAAAGAAGAAAGAUAAGUCAUUAGACUAUAAAUUUCCAUUUAAAAAGACAAGUCACAAAACUAAUCAGUGACUCUAAACAAAAAUUUACUGGAUGAAUUGUAUAUAUAAAAUUCUAAUCACUUAUGAUUCUUAGUUAACAUUUUAUAAGCUUUGUAUUUUACAGGGGCCUCUUUUUAUUUAUCCAAAUUUAUUGUUUUUGUCCAUUUUUCUCAGCCUUUUGCAAAAAAUAUGCAAGAGUGCUGAAACUUGGAUAAAACGGGUCAUGUAUACAGAGAAAAUAAUCUAAAAGUUAUCUUUAAGAGGGUUUUAGUAGUGUCAACUUCUUAAAAAAGUACUAUGUGACCAUAACAUACGUAUAUUUUAAAGAGGGAUUAAGAUUAAAUUAAAAUAAAUGGAUUCAUAAAAUUGCUAUUUAAAUACAGUAUUUACUUUUGUAAUUGGAGCAUGAUUCCACAACCAGCUGUGGCAUUUCAUUUCACUUUUCUAGAUCAGAGACUUUAAUUUGUAGUUAAUCAUGAUGUGGAAAGUCAUCUUCUCUCUACUCCAUCAAUUUUUUUCAUCCAUUUUUGAACAUGCUGAAGCACUUUGAUCUUGCCAUAAGUGUUGUCCUAUACCACUAGGCGGUGUUCACUAAUGGGAGGGCCUCAGCUCACCUGCUCUCCAAUUUGGGAAAAAGCAAGUACCUCCUCCCUACCAUCAGCAGAAACUGAAUGAAAUUAAUCUUUGCAACUUGAAUCUGUUUUAAGUAGCAUUACCAAUAAGCAUAGUGAUGUCUGAAUAAGGAAUGACAUUUACAUUACAUUUUAUUAAAUAAGAGAGAAAGUUAAUAUGCUACUUGAAAUGUUAUUUGGUUCUUUGUCCCCCUCUUUGCAGAGUAUAGAUAAGGAUGCUCUUAGGUAAAAUGCAGCCACAAGUUUUCCGAGUUCGUUUAGUCUGUAGGGUAGGCUAUGAGGUACAGAAUGAUUAGAAACUGAAAUCCUCAUUAUUUUUCUCUCAAAUACAUUUCACAUACAUUGAAACAGAAAUAGGCAAAAUUUAUGAGGGAAAUCUGAUUUCCCAAUUCUGAUGCAUAGAUAUACUAAGACAGUAGCCUUGUUUAACCAGUGCCUGUAGAAGGCACUAGAAUAAAUAGCAUGUCCAAGAGUAUAACAACUUUUUUUGUAAAUUUAGUUGCUAGCCUAAUCAAGCUGUAAAUAUAACUCAAUUGGUACCAUAUUUUCAUUUUUCUUAUUGUUCAUCUUUAAGGUUUCAUUUUAUUGCUUUUUUGUAGCUCUAAGUAACUAAUCAAUUUAAUUUCGAAGGAAAGUUAAAGUUUAAGCUUUUACUGCAUGGAUUCUGCCCGCCUAGCUAGGUUCUAAACUGACACUGAAGUAUGACAAGAUACAGAUUAUAGUCCAAAACUAUCCUUUACAGUUCACAAUUUAAGAACAAAUUUAACUUUAUAUACAAAUAAUAAUUGUUAUCUAAUUAUAUUUAGUUGUUGCUUUGGCAACAAAAUUACAACAUGGCUACCUUUAGACAUUUGUGUAUGUGAACAUUUUACUUGUAAACUAUAGGUGAUUUGUGACAGUAUGAGCGUGUAGAAAAUACAGCUCAAAACUAUGAAAACAGACAUGGUUGAGUUCUUUUUUAAUCCCAAAGGCCCAUAUAUAAAAGCUGAAUUUGUGUCCUUGUGUGACUUUUUGUGAAAAAGUUUGUAACACAUGGAUUCUAGAAUCAGGCUUUAUAGUUUAUAGAAUUUGUUGUGUGGAUAGGGUUAUUCCACAGUAUUUAGACUUCAAAACACAAUCAUUGCAUUGUUAAUACAUUACCUAACUUUUUUUAAUAACUUAAUUCAAAAUUACCCCAUUCAAGUGGCAUAGCUGUAGCUGCAAAAAUUCUGUUUUCUGGAAUUACAUAGCUAUAUAAGGAUUAAUGCAUGACUAAAGCCUCUUUUGAAAUUAAUUCAUAUUUUUAAAACUAUACAUAAAGAUACUGUGGAAUGACCCCUUAACAGUGUUUAAGAAACAUAUGCUGCAGUUAAUUGUCUCAGUUAGGGUGCGGAUGUGUGAGACACACCUUUUUUGCACUUAUGUACAUAGUCCAUGAAAGCAAUCCUUGGAGCUUUUUUUAAAUGUAAGAAGUCUGUGAUAAUAGUGGAAAAGUUAGUAAGAGAGAGUUAUUUCUAAGGCUUUGAAAAGGAGGGUGUUUUUGCUCUAAGACUUAACUAAAGCAUAAUGUUGCUUUGCUGUUAUGGAGGCUUUCUAGUUUGCUACAGUUCACCAAAAGAGAAGGCUAGUAACAGGUAACAGGUCAGCCUCAGCUAACAGCACUGAACAAGAGUAGAAUAACUUCAUCUUUUAACAAGAUCAUUAGCAAAGAUUGUUUGCUUUUUAAAUUAAUCCCCACUAUAAACACACACACACGUGCAAACACACACACACACCAGGCAGUUUCUAGAACAAUUUUUCCUUUUUCAGUGGUUGUAAGCAGUGAAAUACCUCAUGUAUUACAAGAUAGAUAUUACUGUUAUGAUAGAAUCAGAUUUCAUCUUUCACAGAAAGUGAUCAGCUGAUAUAUGUGUCAGUUAAAAUGUUUAUCAAUUAAUAGGUAUUUAAGUGACAAAUUGUUAAUGUUGACCACUGUUCCUCCUUUAAGAUCCAGUAACCAAAACCAAAUCGGUAACCAUUGAAAGAUGAUAUUUAACAGUUAAGGAUGGCCAGCAUGGGGCAGUUCAUUCCUUUCAACAAAGGAAAAAAAAAAUGCUCCUGGCACAACUUUAUAACUGGCUGUAUUUACAUUAUACCUGUUCAGUGGAAGCUGUUUUCUGACCUACCUUUACCAGAUUACAAAGUAGUUAACUGUGCCACUUCAGCCUCCCACUGUUUUGUUUUAACUAAACAGAAGAGAACCAGCCAAAAUCUUACGUAACACAGGAGCUGGAAGACAAUGUUUCAAUCUGACCAUCUCUGCCAAUUUUAGCUCCCACACCACCUACAGAUAGCCAGUUAACUUUCUUUAUGCCCCCAGGCAAUGAGGCCUAGAAGAGGUCAAGGUUAGAAAGGUUAAGCAUUUGAUCACCCACAGGUACUUUUAGUACCUACAGAAGGAGCCCAUCCUGGGGUUGGUGGAGUUGGUAUUGCUACUCGUUUUGAUAGUUCUCAUUUACAGAGAAAGAAAAAUAAGCCAAAGCUAGAAAGCAAUCCAAGCCUUACAGUUGUCCGAUACCUCAGGGCCAGUUGGCUAGAAUUUUCUUUUCCCUCAGCCCAUAAUCACUUAGAGUUAGCCAUACGACAAACAGCCUGACAAUCUGACCAGCAUUUCCAUUGAUAUAAAAUGUAAGCAUUCCUUCAUUCUGUAGUUAGGAACUCCAGCCUUAUCUCCAACAUAAUUUCCCAGUUUAACCUAUGUACUGAUAUGGACAUUUCUUUGUGAAUAUGCCAGAUUCAAGAAUGUAUUUUUCUAAGGUCAAUAGAGAUACGACAUUUUAAGUCAGGAAAAAUCACCUAUAAAUUAGUAGGAAUAACCAUAAAAGCAUCACAAAAGAUACCCCAUGAAUAGAUGGCAUGGUGUGCAUGCUGACAGCCACAGGGACAUACUCUGGAGUUUCAACAUAGAGGCUGUGUUUCAAUAAGUAAGACAAAUUAGGGAAUUAAUUAAAACAAAUUGAUGUAACUGAGGCCCCCCCCCCCAAAAAAGCCCUCUAUUACUAACCUCAAGAAAGUAUUUAGUUUGACUGAUUUGUGCAGUUUCCAGCCCUUCUACUUGUUCUUGCCUGUAAGAGAAUCACUAAUACUCAAAAGCUGGAUUAUUGAAGAGAAAUUUUAUCUUUAAAUAGAAUCCAUCCACAAUUAUGGUAUAUGUAAAAAAAAUGUAUGACUAUGAAAUAAGUCGCAGCUCUUUGCAGAUAUUGCAAAAUCCUUGCUAGGCAUCUACAUCAUAUUAGUUUUUAAAAAAAUACCUCUGUAACAAGACCUAAAAGUAACCUAACUAUUAAGCAGUGCUUUUUUCUCUGAAAACACACAACCUAAAGAUUUAUCUGUCAUAAAACUGCAUGGUUCCAGAGCUUUAUUUCUGUGUAGAGAUGCUAUUUGUUAGUGAUGGAAACAAAUUAUUUUGUUGCUAUGUCUUUUGUGUCUAGCAGUUGAGAGAAUGAUAUGACCAUCAUAUCACUGGAUUAUGGGAAUGAAUGCCUUUUUCAAAAUAAGUUUCUUUUUAAUAUUAUUGUUGCUGCUUUAACAGAAAAUGAGCCAUUUGUCCCCAUGCUCCCAAAUUACAAUGAUUUAAAUUAAAAAACUUUUGAAGGAUUUUCCUAAAUAUAUUCUUUUUUAAAGCGCUAACUUUGUGCAUUCAUAUAACAACAAUUUGGAAUAAUGUGAAAAAUGGAGGCACAUAAUUUGGGUGGAAAAUGGUGAUUAAAAAUAUAUAUAAGAAAAUUAUUAGCCAUGUGUAGCAUAUUUAAAUAAUGACCAGAAUAUUUCAUGAGAACCAACUCUUCCCAUAGUAUUUUUCCUCCAAAAUGCAAUAGCUCAUUCCCUCAACUGCAGACGCUUUGAUUUUUUUUCAAGUUAUAGUGCUGUAGUGCUUGUUUAUGUUUAAAAGUGCACAUUAUGCAGCUCAUUUUAGUAUGCUACUUCUAUGUUUAUUUUUUGUUCUUCCAAUAAAAUGCGUAAACUUC